UGCAAUACUUUAGUCUUCGCAAGAACAUAGGAAACAAAAAAGACCACAACUAGUUGAGUUUGCUGCUUGUUGAAAGAGCCCAGUCCUGUGUAUCUGUGAUCAUGGCCGUGUGGGGUAGGAGCACGUUACAGGUGGCUGUUCCUCUGUGGAUGUGUUUUGGCAGAGCUGCUGCCUCUCUUCCGGAACCGUAUAUUUGUUAUGUGCUGGAUGGGAUCCUGUUUCUGUACGGCCUCAUCCUGACAGCGCUCUACUGCAAAAUCAAGUUCACCAAGCAAGCUGGCCCUGAGAAAGCAAAGGCGAAGAAUAUGGAAGAGGGCAUCUAUACUGGUUUGACCCCUCGGGCCCAGGACACGUACGAAACCAUCGGCAUGAAGAAGUGAAGGGCUUGAGUGGAAGAUGAAGAUUUUUCUACGUGAUUGCUUUGUUUCUUGUUUUCCUAUUUAAAUAUUGAAUAUUAUCCAUGGCAUAGAUUGUGAAACUGUGAGCCACAGUUUUCAUUUCCCUUUUGCUUUUUCAGAAUCUGUGGGAGGUUAAAUUAAGAAAUACCAGAGAGCGAGAGAGCGAAAGAGGGAAGUUGAGAUCAGAAUCGGCAUUUCUCGGAAAUGGGUGUUAGAUAACAUGUUUUCUUCUGCUAUGUGAGUUUUCUUAUGUGUGAAUGUUUUUCAAUAAAUAAGACAUGAAUUCACUGUACCUUUUAUGUACCUUUUAAGUUGAGUUAAGAUGGCUUGCAGGGGUUGAAAAUCAUCUGGAAAUGAAAAACCAUAUUCGUCCUGUUUUGUGUUGUGUUACUCAGACGUAAAAGACCGUUGAGGAAGAGGAGCUGUAUUUCCAGUACACCACAGGAUGGCAGUGAUGGUGUGGUCUUUACCUGUCCACAUUCACAAAACACACACACACAGCAGGGAGAUCUGAAAGGAAUCGCACAGCCUGCUGAUAGAAUAAAUCUAUUUCCACUGCCUGUAGGAAGCUUGGACUCCAUUUCAUGCUCUUAUCAAAUUACUUUGAACGACAGUGUAGCAAAUGAGGACAGCCACAAUUAUGUUUCAACACAGAGAGACAAACAUCCUGCCACAAACAACUUCAUACAAAUAAUUAAAAAUAACUAAUUUCACGAAGCUCAUUAAGGUGGACUGCAUGUCAGUCUGAAAAGGAUUUAGCUGUGAAAACUGUGUGAUCAUGUUGGGAAAAAAACAUAGACAUGACUGCUCCCCAAAUAUGAAGCCACAAUGUCUUGAACGCCACCUGGGGGCUGGCUGCAGUAUCGGUCAAAAACCCUGCCUCCUCCAUGUUAAUUAAUGGGAUGUGGACUGAUGUACAUGUCAAAUAAAGGUUUGAUGAGUUCUUAUCACA